UAAAAUCAAAAUUGAGACCACACAGUAUUCAAUAUGAAUAUUAUUCGAUACAGUGAAACGAUUUGCUCGAAAAUACAAAGACUACGAGAUGGCAUUAGCACUGAAAAUGAGUAUCGCAGCAUUGUUCGUUCUGAGUUACGUUGCCAUAAACUCAGCUGGCUGGGAUGUGGUACCGACUUGUCCUUCGGGAUGGUCUGGAAAAAUUGAAUAUCCGCCCAACUGCAAGCUAUUCGUUCGAUGUUCGAAUGGUAUGGGGACCGUUGCAUCAUGCUUACCGGGGAGGGUAUUCAAUCCGGAAAAAAAAAAUUGUGAUUGGCACCUGAACGUUCCCGAUUGUCAAGACGGCGGCUUUCUCGACAUUCGACUUUCGGAAUGAAUUGGAAUUAUGACGUGGAUUUGAACACGUGGGGGGGGGGGAGCGUCUCGGCGACAAGUACUCAAAGGAUCCAACUCCAAAGAUGAGUCACGACGUAUAUUUCGAUAAUCGUGAACGCUCGAUUUACUAAGCAUUACUCGAAAAUACGUAUAAAAAAAAUAA